ACUCCCUCGGUUCGACUACUUUUCGCCCUUGAUUUCGCCCGGGCGCUUUCUUUCACCGUUGGAAAUUUUUGUUAGCUCUGGCUGCCAUCCCGAUUCGGUGCUGAAAGUGCAGUGAAAAUUCGAAUUUUAUUGCUUUAUUUCUGGCGGAAAUCGUUUCAAUUUGUGGUGGAGUGUUGAAGUAAUUACGGGGAAAGUAAGAAACGUUGAAAGUGGUGCGAUUUUCCGCGGAAAAGUGUUUUGUGUUGGAGUUUUUGUUGUUGCUUGUUGCUGUUAUGGUUUAACGCUUUUUUCUGCUUGCGGGGAUUGUUUGACGAGCUUGGAUUUCUAGUGUGUGAAUAAUUGCGAAGCGUUAGAAUGGAUGAUCUGUUGCACAAAUUCAACGAAAUCAUCCUGCAAACAUUUGCAGCGGAAUCUCGUCUGGAGGAAGAAUUUCAGAAAAGUACGAAAAAGUUAGAUGAACAUGUCACGCAAUCGAUCACCAAUGGAACGCCGGUUCAAAGUAAGAAACGUCCGAAACGGUUGGAAUCGAUGGAAGAGACAGGAGAAGCUGGGGAUGACACGUUCGCCUCGACGAAUAGUUCCUUGCAUACGUCGAGAGCUAGUCAGAGGAAGAACAGCACUCAGGCCAAGGGACGAGACAAGGUGCGAUCCCUAGUGGAAGAAAUGACGGCCGUUGCUCCGGCGUCUUUGCCUCCGUCGGUUUCUCCGGUGGUUGAGGAACAGAACCAGGCGAAUGCCAAACCUCAGGAGGACAAUGAGAGGCGUCCGGCUAGGGCUGCUCGGGUCAAGGCCACGCAGAAUUUGAAGGAACCCAGCUUGCAUAUGAAGAUGCGACAGCCAAGCAUCACGAUCAAGAAGGAGCGGAUUUCGGAAGAAAUUCGGAACGAGCAACAGGUGGAACCGAUGGAAACGGACACUGAGAAUGAUGGUAAUGCUUUGAACGUUAUGGAAAAGGUCGUUGAUUCGGAGAAGCGGAAAUCCAACGAUGAAGGAUUCGGCAGCACGAAUGAGAAGGACAAGGAGAGCGAGGAACCUCCCGCGACGGAAAUGUCCAUAAUUCUGAUACCGAAACCGAUUCCAAAAGUGGAAGUGCUGUCGGAUGAUGAGGAUACCGGUAAGAUGCCUCCGCCUAUGAUGCCACCGCCGCCAGCUCCUAAAACGAAAACUCGUACUAAGAAGGCAGAUAAGUCUAAAGUUAAGACCUCAAAUGUACUGCCGGUCAAUAUAAAGCGCGAGAAAGAUGCCGACGAGACGUCAUCUAGUUCUGCGAUUUCGUCGGCAGAUUCUUCACUUUCGACCACUUCCAACAAAACUUCUACUCGUGGUCGAAAGAAGAAAACAAGCUCCCAACCUGAACCGGCCAAGGUUCAUAUCAAAACGGAAAAGCUUUCAAGCGAAGGCAUUCGCAAUGACAGCAAGUCCAAAACAGUUUCCACUAAUAGUCCCACACAGUCGGAGAAGUCAGUUUACGAAGACGCUCUGGACGGAGAUGCGGUUAUGCGUCCGGUGGCCGUGGCAUUGGGUCGAAUUCCAUUGAUUGCCGAUGGCGAGAAAAAUCAAACCUUCGCCAUGGACUCAAACGGAACCUUCUCGGUUCCCACAUCGAACGGAACGUUCGUUGUUCCCUCUCCAGCGAAUGGAACAUUCAAUAUCAAGUCUCCUGAAAAUCCAGCAAACGGCACUUUCGAUGUCCGUCAGCUCCCAGGGCCAGGCAAUAGCACUUUCGUAAUGGACAAACCAAAAUCUGCUGAAGACCAGCAGCGUGCCCUAAUCAACGCCAGCAUCAUAACCGAAGAUAAUUCCCACAUCGAGGAAAGUCCAGAAAAGCCACCGCCUCCGAAAGCCAAGAAACCAGUUGUGGCCAAAAAGCCCCAAGCAGCGUCCAAGUCCAAGAAACACAACGAACUGUUCUCCUUGCAAUCUCCCAUCAAAACCCGAAUCGAAGCCUUCGAGAAGGCCGCCGUUGGUUCUCCGUUCCAUUCUCGUACUGCCGCCACCAGCAAAAACACCACCCCAUCCCAGUCCAAUCGAUUCCCCUCGAAAACCUCCACCACUCCGCUCGCCUCCCAGCGAUAUCCGGCCUCUGCCAAAGCGAGCACCCAGACAACCCCAAUCGCCCAAAGCACCCUCCCCCUCACCAAGGGAAUCUCCUCGUCCGCCUCCAAGUUGGCCCAUCUGCAGAAGAAACCCACCCUGGCCUCCGCAAAUCUUCCCAAAUCGCAAAGUCUAUCCCGCGAACCCAGCAUUGACCGGGGCACCGGAACUCUGUCCUCGGCAUCAUCCACCACGUCGCUCGCCAUGGACGAGAAGAAGAAGAAACGCGAAGAGAAGCAACGUCUAGCGCAGCAACAGCGUGAGCAGAUUGAAAAAGAAAAGCGUGAAAAUGCCGAACGGUUGAUGAAGGAGAAGGAGGAAAAGCACCGCAAGCUGGUGCAGGAGAAGGAAGAUAAGCUGCGGGCGGAUUUGGUUAAGAAGGCCAAGAAGAUGGAGGAGUUCGAAAAACGGCGGCACCUGGAGGAGCUGAACCAGAAGCUGCUGGCGGAGCAGAAGCGCGAGGAGUUGGCCAAACUGGAGCAGCAGCAGAGGACCGAACGCGAACAGGCCGAACUGUUCAAAAUCAACCAGGCCAAGGAAAACUACGAAAUCAAACUGCACAAGCAAAUGUACCAGCAGAAGAUGCAACAGCAGCAGAAACUCCAGCAGGCUCAGGUCCUCCAACAGCAGCAGCUUCAGCUGAAGAAAUUGAAACAAAAUGGCACCGUUGCCACACUGGAAAAGAAUCUGUUCACGUUCGAUAUGAUCCUAACGGACGAUUCCACUGACGACGAAAGCACCAGUGCUAGCAAAAAAUCCAAACGUCCCCCGCUGCCGGCGUGGUGUUCAAAGGAGGAACGCAAUCCAACGAUCCGGACGCAGCGCGAGAUCAAGCUGAAGGUGAUCGACCAGUUCUUCUCGGUGGCGCCGAUGACGGCCGAUCUGCGGGAGAUAUUCCCCUCAAUCGACGCCCGGAAAUUGAAGCGAAACUCGAGUGCCGUCUGGCGGACACCGCCGCGGUACUCCCAGAUGCCCAAGUAUUGAGGGGACUCGGCAUUUGCCUUAGUUAAGCUAGCUACUAACCUACCUAACCACACACUCCAAUUGUACCAUCGUCGUUAAGUUUAGCGCCCAAGAUGAUUGAUUGCUCCCAGCCAAGCGUAAGUGGGUAAGUGUGCGAACGAUUUUAUGUUUUGUGUGUUAUUAUUGUGGGCGUUUCGGAAUGGAUUCCCCUCCAAGUUCCAACGGAUGAACUUUGUUGAAUAUAAGCUAUGGGUUAUGUUAUGUGGCUAUUCUCGAAUGAAGCGAAUCGAAUGAAGCGAACUAUCGAAAGUAUGUAAGAUGAAACUUGAGUUUAAACCUUGAGCGAGGUGUUCGGAAUAGAUUAGAAGCACCUAUCUGUGCGCAUCAACAGCGAUCAAUAACUAACCCCGUAAUUAUAGGCUAAUAAUGAGUUUGUCAAACGCAAACGAAUUAAAUUUCGUCGUGCAAGGCUUUCGGUUCGAACUGGUCUGAAGCUGCGAUCAACAAAAAUGAUGAUUUUACUCAUUGCGACACUCUUUUGUUAAAUAUGUUUCUUACUUAAACAUCGAUAAAUAAUCAAUCUCACGGUAAUCACUAUUCUAA